CCGCGCAUGCGCACAAAACUGUUCCGUUAGCUGUCAAAUCAGAGCGUUUUCUACUGAACAGAGACCAGACGGAGCACGUUGAGCGGCGGCUAACUAAUUAAAAAUGUCCCGAGUUUGAGGAAAGUGACUCCCGUUACGAAUUUCUGGAGUUUUAAAACAACGGAAAAUGACUUCAACGAGCUGUUUUCGGAGAGCAGAGGGGCGUGAGUACAAAUGUGGACACUAUCGUCGUUCCCAGACGCACUAACCAGACCUACUAACGACUGCUUAAAGCUGCGGACCUUUAAAAGUUGACACCGAUCUUCAAGAAAACUCUUAUUUGCAGUUUUUUAAUAACACCUGAGCAAUAAUAACUCUGGUUACCAGCAGCCACUCACUAUGAUAGUUACUCUAUCAAGUGGUGUAGACUAGAACCGGAGGUAAAGCGGCUUGGCAGGGGCUGGACAGGUAGCUACUCCUGUUGCGAUGGGCAACCGCGGGAUGGAGGAUCUGAUUCCGCUGGUCAACCGCCUUCGAGAUGCCCUGAGCAGCGUGGGGGAGAGCUGCAGCCUCCACCUGCCCCAGAUUGCUGUGGUGGGCGGCCAGAGCGCAGGCAAGAGCUCCGUGCUGGAAAACUUUGUUGGCAGAGACUUCCUUCCGCGGGGUUCAGGAAUUGUUACUCGGAGACCUUUAAUUCUCCAGCUGCUCAGUGAUAACACAGAGUAUGGUGAAUUUCUACAUUGUCAGGGAAAGAAGUUUACAGAUUUUGACGAGAUCCGCAAGGAAAUCGAGACAGAAACACGCAGACUUACGGGAUCUAAUAAAGCCAUCUCUCCUGUUCCCAUCCACCUACGGAUCCACUCACCACAUGUGCUGAAUCUGACUCUUGUAGACCUGCCUGGCAUCACCAAAGUGCCUGUAGGCGAUCAGCCAACAGACAUAGAGUACCAGGUACGAGACAUGAUCAUGCAGUACAUCUGUAAGGAAAACUGUCUCAUACUGGCUGUCACACCUGCCAACACUGACCUGGCCAACUCUGAUGCACUUAAACUGGCCAAAGAUGUUGACCCUCAAGGGCUGCGCACAAUAGGUGUAAUCACCAAGCUGGACCUGAUGGAUGAAGGAACAAAUGCCAGACAAAUACUAGAGAACAAGUUGCUUCCUCUACGCAGAGGUUACAUAGGGGUGGUGAACCGUAGUCAGAAGGACAUUGAUGGGAAAAAGGACAUUAAGGAAGCUCUGAGGGCAGAGAAGGAGUUCUUCCUGUCCCACGCAGCCUAUAAACACAUGUCUGAAAAAAUGGGAACACCUUAUUUACAAAGAAUACUCAACCAGCAACUGACAAACCACAUUCGGGACACACUGCCAGCCUUCCGUAGUCAUCUGCAGAGCCAGCUUCUGGCAUUGAAGAAAGAAGCUGAAGAUUACAUGCAGUUUAAUCCAAAUGACUCCGCACGAAGGACCAAGACAUUGCUACAAUUAGUUCAGCGCUUUGCUGUUGACUUUGACAAGCUGAUUGAGGGCUCAGGUGACAAAGUAGACACCGUCAACCUGUCCGGAGGAGCUAAGAUCAAUCGAAUCUUCCAUGAACGUUUCCCCUAUGAACUAAUCAAGAUCGGGUCUGAUGAAGGGAAGCUGCGGACGGAAAUCAACUAUGCCAUCAGAAACACCCAUGGUGUCAGGACGGGUUUGUUCACUCCUGACACGGCCUUUGAAGCCAUAGUGAAGAAACAGAUAUCGAGGUUAAAGGGGCCAUGUGUUAAAUUUAUUGACAUGGUCAGUCAGGAACUAACCACCACUGUGUACCAGUGUAUUGACAAGCUCAGUUCCUUUCCCAAGCUGCGAGAUGAGACAGAAAGAAUUGUUACCACUGAAAUUCGAGAACUAGAGACUAAAUGCAGAGACCAGGUCAUGUUGCUUAUUGACAUACAGCUAGCCUACAUAAAUACCAAACAUGAAGACUUUGUUGGCUUCAAUAAUUCCCCCCAGAUGCACAAUCACAGCAAUACCAAGAUUGCUGCACGGAUGGGAGGAAACCAGGGUGUGGCGCCUCAUUCAAGUCUAAUAGUCAUACGCAAGGGUUGGCUGACCAUCAACAACAUUGGCAUCAUGAAAGGUGGAGCCAAGGAAUACUGGUUCAUACUUUCUGCAGAGAACCUCUCAUGGUUCAAGGAUGACAAGGAGAAGGAAAAGAAGUACAUGCUUCCACUGGACAACUUAAAGCUCAGAGACGUGGAAAAGGGCUUCAUGUCCAGCAAAUAUGUUUUUGCUAUCUUCAACACAGAGUUAAGGAAUGUGUAUAAGGACUACAAAUGCCUGGAGUUGGCCUGUAACUCUCAGGAGGAGUUGGACAGCUGGAAGGCUUCUCUGCUACGGGCCGGAGUCUACCCUGAGAAAGUUGCUGUGGAUGGGCAGGGAAACGGACCUCCUGAAAACCUCUCAGACCCCCAGCUGGAACGUCAAGUGGAGACCAUUAGUAACCUGGUUGAUUCCUACAUGGGCAUCAUCUAUAAGACGGUCAGGGACUUAAUGCCGAAGACCAUGAUGCACCUCAUGAUCAACAGUGUGAAGGAGUUCAUUAGCUCCGAGCUCCUGGCCCAACUCUACGCUCUGGGAGAAUGCUCAGCUCUGAUGGAUGAGUCACCAGAGCAGCAACAGCACCGAGUUGAAGUGCUCCAAAAGCAUGCUGCCCUGAAGGAGGCGCUCGCUGCCAUUGGAGAAAUCUCCACCUCUACCUGCACUACCCCUUUGCCUCCACCUGUGGAUUCUUCCUGGAUAAAACCAUCCAGCCUUCCUAAAAACUCUGCAGCCAGUGGUAAGCCUGGGAUCCGUAGCCAUGCUCCACCUGUUCCUCGGGUGCCCAGCGCUGGACCCAAAAGCUCCCCUAAUGGCUCUCGGCAGCCCACUAGUCAACAAAAUCGUACCCCAGCCUUGGUGCCAAGGAGGCUUCCCCCAGCAAUCCCAAGUGUGAAAUAAGCCCCCUCUGCUCUGAACUCCAUUACCCAUCUGCCCCCAUGGUCCUUUCAGCUGCAGCUGACUGCUACCCAGAGACACUCCUGACCUGCAUGAUGUAUAAUACAGCUGAAGCACGAUGAUGGGCUUUUCUCUGUCUCCUCUGGGAGCUGCUGUCUGCGAAACUCACUCCAUCCUGAGCCUGUUUUGUACAUAAUAUCAACGGCCACAAACGCUGGAAUGUGCACAACUGUCUACUGGCUUCUCUCAAGUGCCUGAACCUUUUGUAGAUAAAAAUAUCAAUCUGAAUUAUUAUACUGAAAAGAAUAUACAUGCACUGUUUCUAUUGUCCGUGAAUAAACAGCUAUUUUAUUUUUGAA